AUGGAGGCCAUGGAGGCCAUGCCUGAGGCUCCAGUGAGCGCCCCUGUGAGCGCAGUGGCACAGGCGAAGGAGCCAAAGGCUGAGCCCAAAGCAAGGAAGAGUUUGGGAAAGGUUAAGCCUCCGGCAGCGUUGCCAAGCCUGGAGAAGGCCCCGACGGCUUUCCGGCAUUUUCUGGAAGCGAGAUCUGUGCCAGAAAUCGUUGAAGGUGUGCAGUACCUGCUGGCGUGCGUGAGGCUUCACCAGGAGGAGACCGGGAAGUCUCUUCCAGACGAGGUCCCGCCAUAUGUCGCCAUCAGAAGUUUGCCUGGUCUGCCAUGGAAGGCAACGCAGGUCUGGCAAUUGCUCGACGCACAGCUGAAGAAGGAUGACCACAUCGCCAAGCCAUUGCAAGGCAAGUCCGUUGUGGUGGUUGGAGCUGGGCCAGUUGGGCUGCGCAUCGCUCUGCAGCUGAAGUUGGUUGGUGCGUCCGUCACCGUUCUGGAGAAGAGGGGGGAGUUUGUUCGCAUCAACCGCCUUCACCUCUGGGAUUGGGUGAAGCAGGACAGUGCUAACAUCUCGCCCUGGCAUUGGGAGCCCAUGAGCUGCCGGAUCCUCCGCCGUUGCCUGCCAUGCGCCCGCAACGCAGUGCCCAGAGCCAUCGCGCGGGGGAUCGCGGCGUCCCGGGAGCACCACUUGGUGCACCUCUGGGCGGACGGCAAGCAGAACCAGUGGCAGGGCACCUCCAAGGAGCUGAUGCUUCUCUUCGGGCUCAGCCCCCGAGACGUGCGCCUCUUCGGCACCAAGGGCGCCCACCUGUCCAUCCGGGCGGAGUACUUCCUCUUCCGGCUGCCCCCCUUCACCGGCUGUGUGUGGAGUGACUCCGUGAUGAUUUUGUCCGAGAGGAAGGGUCGGGCUGCUGAGCUGUUCAGCAGCUGCCUGCAGAAGGAGCUCAGCUUGGAGAGGACCCAACCCUUCGAGUUUUUGGUGCUGGAAAUGGCCCUUCGGGAGAGCUUCGUGGAGAAGGAGGACCGCUUCACGCGGCUCUCCGCCCUGAUUGAUCAAGCUCUCCGUCUACGAGCUGCCGCAAACGACACCCAGCUGCGGUUGAGGGACUUUCUGGCGCCUUCGCUGUCUCGGGCCACGCGUGAGCAUUCGCUCUACACACUGCUGAUGUUGUCCAACUCGCUGUCUACUUUGGAGGUCGAUGUGCGUCGCCAUGAGUCCUGCAUUGAGAACGUGCUGAAGUCUGAUGAGGACAUGGCUGCUAUGUACCUGACAUACCGCCGAGACUCGGGCAGCCAACGCAAGGUCUCAGACCACCAGGACGUGGAGCUACUCCUGGAGUCCUUCGGCAUGAUGCUGGAGGACCUGCGCGACCGCAUACAGAAGGUGCAGGAAGGUGUCAUCACUCAGAGCAAGAUGGAGCAGUUGAUGCUCACCAGCGAGCGGAAUCGGAUCAUGAGGUUGGAGCUCCUGAUGGGUAUGGGAACCAGCAGCAUGGCCGUGAGCACCAUGAUCGCCGGCUUCUUUGGCAUGAACCUUGCCAGUGGCUGGGAGGAGGUUCCGGGGCUUUUCUGGAUAACGCUGGCCGGGUCGGCUGCGUUCAGCCUGAUCCUGUUCCGCGCGUUCAUGGGAGGCAUCCGGCGCUACCACCACUUGCAGCGGAAGCACCUCUCGGAGGUGACCUCCCUGAACACUGCGCUGCGGAGCUUGGAUGAGGCGUAUUUUCAGCUUCGAAAGAAGAGCGCCCUCGCUCUGUUCGAGGAAGAUGCCCUGUGCGGCGCUGUGGGCAAAACCGAUCUUCUGGAAGCGCUCAGGGAGGCCGGCUGCCAGUUGACUCAGACCGAAGAGGAUCUUUUGUGGGAAGCUAUGGAUGCCAAUCAGGACGGCAUGCUGAGCCCCUCAGAGCUUGGCAUCACUGACCGCGAUGCGCCCAAGGCAAAAGUCGGGAGUAUCAGGGUCUAG